GCAAAUGUCAUUUUCUUGCUAAAUAUUAUAAUGAUAAUAUAAGUAAAUACAAAGAUUUGAAUGUUAUUAUGGAUUUAGAGUAAUUGUUUUCUAUACAACUAUGGAUCUUAUUUGGUAUCAUAGCAAUAUCCACUAUUAUUUAAGAGAAAAAUAUUAUGGAAAAGUUAGAAAAAUCAGUAAGAAAGCUUUAUCACAGUUUAAUGAUUCAACAGAAUUUAUAUUUUACAAUGCAGUUACAUAUGUGUUAGAAGGCCAAGCUCAAAAAGGAAUAAAUGAACUCACACCAAUACAAUCUGACAAAAAUUUACAACUGGCCACUAUAAUUGCAAUAAUUUAUGGCUACAAUCAUAUUAAGAAUACAGAAAGCGAUGAUCUUUACAAUUUAGAAUCAAAAUUAAAAGAAGAAAGAAAACAAGGCACUGCAAUUUCACUUUAUUAUGCUGGAUUAUUCUUAUCUUUUGCUGAGAAAUAUGAAAAAGCAUCAGAUUAUAUUAAUAAAUCGUUAAGAAAAGAUCCUAAUAAUUCUGAUACAAUAAUUUUAAAAGCCUGGAAUGAUAUGUACAUGAAUAUUGGUAAACUACCCACUUCCAUACUAGAUGGGUUUGAAUUAGCUUUAACUAAAAGUGAUAAAAACAUUGAAGCAUUACUUGGAAUGGCAAAAUUUAAAUAUUUUACUAAAGAUCAUGAUGCAUCUAAUUUGACAUUAGACAGACUUAUAGUAAGUAGCCCCGGUCAAGUAGUUCCAUUAAUGGAGAAAUUGAAAAAUGAAUUUGCAAUGCAAAAGUGGGAAGCAGUAUAUGACACAAUGGAAAGAAUAUUUCACCAAGAACCAGAUAACAUUGAUACUUUUAAGAUAAGGAUUUUUAUAGAAUUAUGUAAAAAUUCAGAUUAUAUAGAAGCGGUGGAUCAAUUGAAUAGGUUAUUUACUAUUUUAGAAAUAGAAGAGCCCCAUAAUGGCUACCAGUUUUAUAAUACAGCACAGAUAUUUUCUAGAAUUUGUGGCAGAUCUAGUGCUGUACUUUCACAAGUUUAUAGAUUCGCACAAUAUGCGUCAGAAAUGUAUACAAAUGAUGUCAAUUAUUUAAGUGAAGUUGGUUACCAAUGUAUACUUCAAGGCAAAUAUAAGGAUUCACAAAACUUUUUUAAAGCUGCAAGCAAAAUAGAUAGUAACUCAAUAACCGCAUUGUGUGGUUUAACUCUUUGUCAAAUGUUUGAGAAUGGUCCGACUGACCAAAUUGCCCAACAAGUGGAAUUGUUAUUUGAAAUGCAAGCUAAUGAGAAAUUUCCAAUUCUAUAUUUACUAUCAGCACAAUUAAACAAGAAAAGUUCUAAUGCGGUAACAUUUCUUAAGGAAGCAUUUUCUACACAAUUGUUAAUUGCUGAUCGUCAUCCUUUAAGUUUGGUAUACAUUAAAAAAUUGGACCCUGAUUUUUUGCUUGAAGUAUACAAGGAAUAUAAAAAUCAUUUACCUAAGAAACCAUUUGUGAUAAUCAGUUACUUAUUGUACACACAAGAAGGUAACAAUGUAUCAGUGAAUAAUUGUUUUAAGAUAUUGGAAACUAUUACUAAGGCAUGUCCCGGUUUGAUUGUGGCUUUAUUUGAAUUAGCAAAAUUGAAAUUUUUAUUUGGAUAUUCACAAGAUGCUCAAAAGUUAACACAACAGAUCAUUGAUUUGGAUAAUACUCAUGCUGGGAGCCAAGUAUUAUUAUCCCAGAUUUAUACUCAACAGCAGUUGUAUACAAAAGCAGCACAAUGUCUUGAAAUGUGUCUAAGUUAUAACUUUAAAGUGCGGGACAGUGCUAUGUAUCAUUUUCUCAAUGGUAUUAUAUUAAAGAAUGUCAACCAACUUCAAGAUGCACUAUCAAGUUAUACAACCAGUCUCCAAAUAUUAACGAGUAAAAAUUCUGUCACAAAUCUGAACCGUUCCUUUGAAUGGGAUUUGAAUACAAUAGAUAAAGCGUCACUUUAUUUGCAAAUAAUCGAAACUCAAAUGGAAUUAAAUCAGUUUGGUGAAGCAGAGAAGAUAAUGCAAGAUGCAAUACAAGAAAUAUCAUACACAUCAGAAGAAGGUCGUUUACUUAUCGCUCGUGCGGAAUUAGCACUUAAGAAAGGCGAUGUUGACAACGCUAUUGAUAUUCUAAAUGAAGUAAAACCUGGCCAGCCGUAUUAUUUCCAAGCUCAUAGUAAAAUGGCUCAUAUUUACUUGAAAGAUAAGGAGGAUAGAGCUAAAUUUACUUCUUGUUUCAAAGAGAUUGUGAACAAUCAUCCUAUGGCGGAUGCUCAUACGAUGAUGGGAGAUGCAUAUAUGUCUAUAUUAGAACCUAUACAAGCAGCGGAUUCUUAUGAAAUGGCGUUAAAAGGAAACCCCAAGGAUAUGCAACUAAUAAAAAAACUAGGAACAGCUCUAGUAAAGAUGCACGAUUAUGAUAAAGCAAUACAACAUUACGAAAAUGCCAUCAAUCUUCUCAAUGACGAUGAAAUAAAAUUUGAAUAUUUAGAACUUCUAGUCAAGUUAAAACAAUAUGACAAAGUCGAUUCAACUAUUACAAAUGAUUUAAAUCAACUGUACAAUAAAGACAAAGAUAUUGCAACACUCAAAAGGCGUAUACGUCUCCUUUUAAUACAAGCGAAAUGUCGGGAUUUAAAAAAUCCUAGUAGUGGCAACACUAAUCUGAUACUCAGUGAAGCAAAAGAUUUACAAAUGGCGAUUGUAAAGAGAGUAGAAAUAGAUUCCAGAGGUGACAUACAAGAAGAGAGGCAGAAGUUAACUGAUGUUCUCUGUAUGCUGGCGAAAGCAAAGUCAUUGAAGGAGCCAGGAGUGGCUGCCAGUUUAUAUUCUGAAGCACUAAUACAUUCACCGAGGGAUCCAAAUACUUUACUAGCAUUGGCUAAACUGUACGCUCAAAUGAACAAUCCAGAGAAAUGCGAGCAAACGUGUACCCUCUUACUCAAUACAGACCCGAAUAAUGAAGCAGCGGCUGUCAUGAUGGCGGAUUUAGCAUUUCGUAAGGUUGACUUCGAGACGGCGCAGAGGCACCUGACCCAGAUCCUGUCGGUGCGGCCGUGCAGCUGGGCGGCGCUGGCGCAGCUCAUCGAGGUGCAGUGGCGGCGCGGCAAGCUCGCUGAUGCUGAACAGGCACUCGACAACGCUAAAAACGCCAUGCAGAAUCCUGAUGAUCCAGGCUACCAGUACUGCAGCGGCGUGUGGGCGGCGUGCGGCGCGCAGACGAGCGCGGCGCUGCGGCGGCUGCACGCGGCGCGCCGCUCGCGCUCGCGCUGGGGCCGCAGCGCCGCGCGCCGCAUGGCCCUGCUCUGCCUCGCGCACCACGCCCCGGACACCGCACAACACUCGGAAACGAGACUAUUAGCUCUGAAGACAGCAGAGAAGCUUCUGUCGGAGGUAGAUCCAAUAGAGCGGAGGUCGCUGCAAGCGCUGCUGUUGCUCGCUAACAAGCAGAAGCCGCAAGCUGAGAAGGUGCUGCAAGAUCUGCUGCCAUUGGCCACGGAAGACGCGUACCAAGAUGACCCAUACUUGAUACUGGCCAUUGCUAAUGCUUACAAUAUUCUGAAACAACCAACUCGUGCAAAGAAUAUUUUAAAACGGACUAUAUCUUCCAUACCAUGGACUCCGGAGAAUGCUGAUGGAUUAGAAAGAUGUUGGUUAGAAGUGGCGGAGGGCCAGGUCAACGCCGGCCGACUGGACGCCGCUAAGGAACUUCUCACCAAAGUCUUGAACCACAAUAACUCUUGCGCCGCCGCUUACCAAUAUUUAGGUAUGUUAGCUGAAAAGGAGCAGAAUUAUAAGAGCGCAGCUCAUAAUUACGAGAACGCGUGGACGCACACCGGGCGCGCUGAGCUCGCGCUCGGCUACAAGCUGGCGCAUGCGCUCCUCAAGCUGCGCCGCUUCCCCGACUGCCUCGCCGUCUGCCGCCUCCUGCUGCAGCUGCACCACGACUACCCCAAGAUAAAGAAGGAAAUCAUGGACAAAGCGAGAGCUAAUUUACGCACAUAGACUAAUCAUCAUCAACAGCUCACUAUACGUCCCCACCGAGGGGCUCGGAGCCUCUAAAGUAAGGGUGACUAGGCCAUAGUCAACCACGCUG